GCACCGGGCCACCAGGCGGAGCGGCAGGCACCGGGCCACCAGGCGGAGCGGCAGGCACCGGGCCCCCAGGCGGGGCGACAGGCACCGGGCCCCCAGGCGGGGCGACAGGCACCGGGCCCCCAGGCGGGGCGACAGGCACCGGGCCCCCAGGCGGGGCGACAGGCACCGGGGCGGACCCCAGGCGGAGCGACAGGUCUCGGGCCCCCAGGCAGAGCGGCGGGCACGGACCCCCAGGUGGAGCGACAGGUCUCGGGCCCCCAGGCGGAGCGGCGGGCGCCGGACCCCCAGGCGGAGCGACAGGUCUCGGGCCCCCAGGCGGAGCGGCGGACCCCCAGGCGGAGCGACAGGUCUCGGGCCCCCAGGCGGAGCGGCGGGCGUGCCGGACCCCCAGGCGGAGCGACAGGUCUCGGGCCCUCAGGCGGAGCGGCGGGCGCCGGACCCCCAGGCGGAGCGACAGGUACCGAGUCACCAGGCACGACAGUGGGCUCCGAGUCAACUGGCAUGACCACUGGCACUGGGUCAGACAUUGGAUCGUCUGGCUGGACAGCGGGCAUCGGGUCACCAAGCAUCAGGUCAUUUGGCUCGACAGCG